AUGUUGUUGUCACAUUUUUACGUUGUCCUCCAGACGACUGUCACUCUGAACAACACCGGGAGAAACUUGGAAAUGACCCUGGACGACCAUGCUGAUUCCUAUGUCAAUGUCACAGGAGGACCACUUGCCUAUCAGUACAGAAUCCAGGUUAUCGGCUACAACAGCGAUUUGUAUUACAACAGAAGCCAGGCGGAUACGUCCAGUAACGGAAUGUUUGGCAUCGCUGUAUUCAUACAAAUUGGUGAACAAACGAACGAUGAGCUGAACAUUUUGCUCCCUCAUUUGGAUAAAGUCACAUACCGAGGUCAGAAAGUGCGCGUGAAUAACUUCAUGAUAGCGGACAUCCUGCCAUACACGGAUCAGUAUGUAACGUACGAGGGCUCCCUAACCAAACCAGGAUGCCACGAAUCUGUCACCUGGAUCGUAUACAACAAGCCCAUCUACGCUAGCAGGGAAUUCAUGGAUGCCCUGAGAAGUUUGAUGGUUGGAAGUAGUGCAGAGGAUCCAAAACGUUCCAUCGGGAAUAAUUUCAGACAUCUGGCACCUCUGAACAACAGACCAAUAAGAACGAACAUUGAUUUCACUUACUCCGUUUAG